GGAUGACCAGGCCCUCCUUCAGCUGGACGGGGUUAUUUUUUAAAGAUUUAUUUAUUUACUUUAUUUUUUUGUCUGCUUCCGGUCUUAGUUGCAGCACGCGGGAUCUUUGUUGAGGCAUGCAGGGUCUUUCAUUGGGGCGCAGGCUUCUCUCUGGUUGUGGCGUGCGGGUUUUCUCUUCUCUAGUUGUGGCGCGUGGGUUCCAGAACGUGUGGGCUCUGUAGUUUGCGGCAAGCGGUCUCUAGUUGAGGCCUGCGGGCUCAGUAGUUGUGGGCUUAGUGGCCCUGCAGCAUGUGGGAUCUUAUUUCCCUGACCAGGGAUAGAACCCGCAUCCCCUGAAUUGUAAAGGGGAUUCUUUACCACUGGGCCACCAGGGAAGUCCCUGGACAGUGCUUCUUUAGAUACUCGAAUACCUUUUUUUCCCUGCUAGGGAGGGUCCAGCCCUGGGAUGGACCCAUCUCUGUGGACUUAAAAGUUUCUUUCCAGCUUGGGGCGGGGGUGGAGCGGGCACUCUCACUUCUCCCCUCUCUCCUGGCCCUUCCUGGGCCCUCCUGCGACCUGGGUUAAGUGGGCAGCGGUCUGGGAGGGUCCCUUCCCGCCGAGGGAUCGGCCAGAGGGCCGGAUCUUCAGGCGGGCGAGAAUCGCUUGUCCAGGUUUGCCAGGCAGCGCCCUCCCCGCGGCCCUGCAGCCGCGGCCCCGGGCCCGGAGCCCAGCAGGGGCGUGUCCCCGAGCUCACCUGCCAUUGGGCAGGUGAGGCAGCUGCAGUUUGUCAGGGGCCGUAUUAUAAACGCGGAGCCGGUGGCAGCGGAGCCAGGCACGUCGCAGGAUGGUGGACAGCGUGUACCGGACCCGCUCCCUGGGGGUGGCGGCUGAAGGGCUCCCAGACCAGUACGCGGACGGAGAGGCAGCGCGCGUGUGGCAGCUCUACAUCGGGGACACCCGCAGCCGCACCGACGAGUACAAGGCUUGGCUGCUCGGCCUGCUGCGCCAGCAGGGCUGCCAGCGGGUGCUCGACGUGGCCUGUGGCACUGGGGUGGACUCCAUCAUGCUGGUGGAAGAGGGCUUCAAUGUGACAAGCGUGGAUGCCAGUGACAAGAUGCUGAAGUAUGCGCUUAAAGAGCGCUGGAACCGGCGGCACGAGCCUGCCUUUGACAAGUGGGUCAUUGAAGAAGCCAACUGGAUGACUCUGGACAAAGAUGUGCCCCAGCCACCAGGGGGUGGCUUCGACGCCGUCAUCUGCCUUGGAAACAGUUUUGCCCACUUGCCAGACUGCAAAGGGGACCAGAGUGAGCACCGGCUGGCCCUGAAGAACAUCACAAGCAUGGUGAGGUCAGGGGGUGUGCUGAUCAUCGAUCAUCGCAACUACGACCACAUCCUCAGCACAGGCUGCGCACCCCCAGGAAAGAACAUCUACUAUAAGAGUGACCUGACCAAGGACAUCACAACGUCAGUGCUGACGGUGAACAACAAGGCCCACAUGGUGACCCUGGAUUACACGGUGCAGGUGCCAGGCACUGGCCAGAGCGAUUCUCCUGAGUUGAGUAAGUUCCGGCUCUCCUACUAUCCUCACCGUCUGGCAUCCUUUACGGAGUUGCUUCGAACAGCCUUUGGGGGCAAGUGCCAGCACAGCGUCCUGGGUGACUUCAAGCCUUACAAGACGGGCCAGGCCUACAUUCCCUGCUAUUUCAUCCACGUGCUCAAGAAGACGGACUGAACAAACCCUCAGCUCCCACAGCCCUCUGCCCAGGCGCUGCCAGGCUCUGUCUGGGGAGGGGGGGACCAGUAGCCCCACACCAAGCCCAGCCCCCCCAGUGCAGAUCUUGGGGGUGUGGGGAGGGGCAGACUGCAGCUGGGGGGCAGGGAUUUGGGUUCAGGCAGAUGGAAGGCUGAACAAUAUAUGCCUUUUUCAGGUCCUGUA